AUCGCCCCAGCCAAAGACAUUGCUCUUCCCUAUGACUUGCGACAGAAGCUUGCAUCCUGGGGACCCCAAUACACGCCAUCCAUGUCAACGCAUUCCCAGCCGGAUCAGGAGUCAGGUGGUGUGGACGUAGAGCCAAAUGAACGCGCACUUCUUGGUCGCUUUCUGACCCGUCUCCAUCGACUCGAUCCCGAUCUUAUUGUCGGUUAUGACCUUUGGGGGCACCAACUUGACGUGAUAUUGCAUCGCCUCCUAGCCAAUCGGGUUGCUCAUUGGCAUCGGCUAGGUCGACUGCGCAGGUCACAGGCCUUCCAGAUCAACACUAACAAUAAAGUGAAUGACAUUCCUUGUUAA